UCAGUUAAUCAUGCAAAUCUCGUUACAGCAUUUCGGUAUUUAAGGCAAAUUCAAUCAGGUUUAUUACAUUACAUUAGUUUUUGUUCUCACCCACAACCACAGGAAACUAUUAAUACAUAACUGAUCGAUUACGGCAAAAUGAUUUUCACAAAUAUUUGUGCGUAUCUGAUCGUCCAAUUCUGCAUUCUUGCCGUGUCUUCAACACCGUUGAAAGGACAUGGACGUCAAUUCGAAGAGCCUAUCAACAAUUUUACUAGUUUUGGAUCGGUUGACGGGAAGGAGUAUUUCUACGACAGAACACAGGCCGCUACUUGGUACCAAGCUAGGUCCAAUUGUAAGGCAGCCGGAAUGCAAAUAGCAACCAUAGACACACAAAGUCAACUGGCACUACUGAAAUAUAAAUUCAAUCCUCCUAACCUUGCCCUAACAGGAAUAUAUUGGAUCGGUGCGCGAGAAGCCAGGACAAUCGACCAGUUUAAAUGGGACUCUACUGGAGGUUCGAUCUCCAGCGUGGGAGAAACGUGGGUCAUGUCUGCCAUACCAGAAUAUUGCGUCUACAUUAAUUACGGGGGAAAUUAUCACGGUCGUUGGGAGACGCGAUCAUGCGACACUCCUUAUUACCAGUUGUGUGAAAAAUUGGCCUAAAAGUAUCAUUCCGAUAAGAUAAGAUAUGCAAAAUUUGGAUAACUUGUAAAAUUGCUCAAAAACAUAAAUAAAUUCAGCAUCCUUCUUUAAACA